AUGACAUCCUUUGAGAUGCAAGAGGAACUCAUAACUCAUGAUAAGGAUGGGAGUGUUAAGUUACUACUUGGGUACAUGUUUGAUCCCACUGAUGAGGUUCUCGUGAACUUUUACCUGAAGAGGAGGGUGUUUUCUCAAUCUCUUCCUGUUCAAAUAAUCCCAGAUUCUAACGUGUUUCAGAUUGAGCCUUGGAGGCUUCCCGGAGGAGAUGGGAAGAUUUUCAAUGAACGCAAAUGCUUCUUCUACAAAACCAUGGGAUCUAACUUUGAAAGCCUUGGUACGAGAGUUGCUGGGAAUGGCCAAUGGAAGAUUGUAGAGAAAGGAAUAGAUGUUCCUAUCCCUCGAAACAAUGAGGUUAUUGGGAAGAGGAACACCCUAAUUUUCUGGGAGGUGCAAGAAACCUGUGUCAGGAGGACCAAAUGGGUGAUGCAUGAGUUUCUCCUUGUGUUAAUAGCUAACCCAUCUAAGAUGGCGAAUUGGGCUGUGUACCGCAUCUUUAAAAAGAAAGAUGAAGAGAAGAUGAAUAACAUAAGAGAGACUAAUGAGGAGAGCCCUAAUGAUGGCAUAAAUGCUAGAAGUGUUGAGGUCAUUGAUUUCAAUGAGGAGAAAGGCAGUUUCUAG